CAUAUGCUGAUCCCAAUUAAUAUCCUGGAGUGUACAGUUGAUAACAGCGCUUGAACUAGUUGUCUUGUGGGUUGUAGCGCCGUGUAGUGUGGUGUGGUAGAACGGUAGCGCCUGCUUGUGGCAACAUUGUGUAUUAAUAGAUAAUCAAACAGGACCCGAAAGUGUAUGUGAACUAUGUGAUCAACGAUGCGACAGAUACCACGUAACAAAAUGUAAGAACAGAACCAAAUCCAUCAAUGAAUGUGGCAAGGACUAGGACGUUCUAGAUACAGAAAAACUUUCUUAUGCACACCUUUGCGCUUUUCCUAUAUUAUUAAUAGAUAAUCAAAGUGGCAGUGACAGACGAUAUUCAUAAUCAAAACAGUAGUAUACUAUUGCUUAUAAAGAGCCAAUAACGAAACACAACGUGUUUCAAGAUGGAGAAGAGGUUUGCGUUGUUCUUGCCGAAGUGGGUUUUAGUGUUGAUUCUUUUGGAUAUAUUUGUGUUUUUUGAGGUUGUAGAAGGUCGAUCCAACAAAUAUGUGACAUGUGGUUCAGUCCUUAAAUUGAUGAAUGUUGGUUAUAAGGUUCGGUUACAUUCCCAUGAUGUGAAGUAUGGAACAGGCAGUGGCCAGCAAUCUGUUACAGGAACUGAUGUUCAAGAAGAUGUCAAUUCCCAUUGGGUAAUUAAGGGAGAGACUGGAAAGCAUUGUGUUCGAGGGGAACGUGUUAAAUGUGGUGAUAUUAUCAGAUUACAGCAUCUGGCAACAUCAAAAAAUCUUCAUUCUCAUCUUUUCUCCUCACCGUUAUCUAGCAACCAAGAAAUAUCAGCAUAUGGAGAUGAUCAAGGAGAGGGAGAUACUGGUGAUCACUGGAUGGUGAUUUGUGAUGGUGACUGCUGGGAGAGAGAUGAAGGCAUUAUGUUGAAACAUGUUGAUACUGAAGUUUACUUGUCAGCAACAUCACGGACCUAUGGGCGUCCAAUAAAUGGGCAGUCAGAGAUUGUUGGUAUAAAUUCCCCUGGAGCAAAUCAUGUUCACUGGCAGGCCAUGGAGGGGUUGUUUAUACAUCCAAGUGACUUCAAUCCUAAGCAACAAAUGCAUCAUGAACCUCAUACAGAGCUUUAGAAUUUAAUUUUAAUUAAUGUUGGUGCAUUUCUCUUUCAUGUAAUAAAUGGUUUUUUCUUGUUUCGAUCUAAUAUUGAAAUAGUACAUUAUAUAUAUAUUUUGGGACAGUCAUACUGAUUGCACUAACUCCUGUUGGUCCACUUCUCAGGAUUGUUACGGGGGCUGCCUCAUGAUUUCAUCUAUUAUCUAAUUGAAUUUUUAGGUGUCACUGAAUUGAAAGUUUUAAAGUUUCAGAACUCUAUAUUCAAAGUAAUAUUUUAUUAAUUUGGAGCAUAAAUUUAAAUGUUAUGGAGAUCAGUAAGAUUUGACAUCUUUUUAUGCUGAAAACUGAAGUGGAAUGCAGUUCCAUGACCUUGAAAUAAAGUCAGAACUCAGAAGUUGGUGAUGCUGGGCUUCUUCAGGGUGCUAGGUUGUCACUAUUUUUGGCUGCAAAAUGUACACUUUUAAGAAAGCUAUUUAUGCUUGUUCUACUCAGGAGAAAUUUAAUGAACAAAGCAUUUAAUGAAAUUAAUGAAGUAUAUCUAUUCCAAGCAUUAAGAUUGUUAGAGUGCCGAAAGGAAGGUGGUUUCGAUAUAUAUAUAUAUGUUUUAAUUAAUAUAGUGAAAGUUAGGGCUUUAGAUUCAAAAUACACAGUUGUAAGGAUAAUCCAUAAUAUAAUACAAGAUGUAUUAACUUUUUUUUGCAUUGUGAAUAAUAAAUAAUGUAGCAUAUAAAUGUUAAGUGUAGGAAGAAAUAGUAAUAUCACACUAUCUAGUCUCAUUCAAAAUAAAUGUAAUAAUACAAGGAUGGCAAACUGAUGUUCAGUAUUCUCAUACAUUUACUUUUAUAUAUAAUGGAAUGAUAUAACAAAGAAUAAGAAUUUAUUCAAACCAACCAACCAGUUCAGUAAAGAACAAGUUGUGAUCAUUCUUGUUAUCCUAAACGAUACAGAACUAAAAUUAAACAUGAAUUAUAAGUUCAGACAGAUGAAUUUUGUAAAUUUAUAAAUUAUGCUGUAUAUAGUUGUGAGUAAAUGGAAAGUAGUUUAGAAAAUAAAUUGAUUAAAAGUGC